GGAUCAUCAGUCGACCGCGAUUCUUCUUUGAAUAAAGAUCUCUUUUUUUACAUAUAAAUAUGUCUCUAGUGUUAAAAAAUGUGUCUUUGUUUAUUUUAUUAAUUAUCAAUGCCUCAUACUGUCAACGUGAAAAAAAGUUCUUCAGAAAAGACUACCACUUUUUAGAAUCUGUACAGAAUUUCUACAAAAUCCAGACCAUACCCAGGAGUUGGCAAGACGCCAAACAGAUAUGUGAGUGGGAAGGUUCCACUUUCUUUUAUCCCGAAGACGAAGCUGAAGCUAAUGCUGUUCUAGCAUAUGUGAAGGAAGCACAAGGGUAUAACUACUUUUGGAUUGGUGUAGCCUCGUUGUUGGCCAAAGGAGUGUUUGAGACUAUUGAUGGAAUACCCAUAAUGGACGUGUACAACAAAUGGGGUCCAGGUGAGCCGAACGACACCGGUGGAGUCGAGGACUGCGUGGUGCUGAUGAAGGAAGGCAAUAUGAACGAUGACGGAUGCUGGAAGAAGCAGCCGUAUAUAUGCAAGAAAACACUGGCGUCGUUGGAAUGGAACGCGGCGUGUAGAAUGCCUUACACGGAUUACAAAUACAACAAAGACCUCGGCAGAUGUUACAACUUCCAUUUGUCGCCCAAAAACUGGACAGAGGCUUUUACAAUAUGCAGUUCAGAGUUAUCAUUUCUGGCAGUCAUCGAGAGUCAAACUGAAGCAGAUUUCCUCAAACAGCUGACCAGCUUGGCUCCAAAAGACAACAUCCCUGGAAACUACCUCCGUGGAUGCGUACAUCUGGGUUUCCAUAAUAGGAAUGGAAACGGCUGGAGGACUAUCAAAGGAACUCCUCUAGAGAACAGUGGCUACUCUGUCUGGGGAGGUGGUCAGCCAGACGGAGGUGACCUGGAGCAAUGCGGGACCAUGUUCUACAACGGCCAGCUGAACGACCUGGCUUGUGAUCGAAGGUGCUUCUUUAUCUGCGAGCACGAUGACGUUGACACAGCUGGCUUUGAUGAGAGAUUCGCGGACACCGCAUAAUAGAAACUUACUUAGUUUUUGUUUCAAUAAGCAAUUUUGUUUAUUGAAAGAUUUCUUUCAAUAUAAAAAGUUCUCUUGUAACCAUCCUAUUAUAUAUAAUAUUUAUCUUGUAAGUGGCUUGUCAUUUUAAAAACCUAGAUACAUAGAUGUAAAUGAAAAGUAUAUAAGAAGUACUUUUAAAAACAAUAGAAUAAUAUUUUAUUGUCAAAAUAAUAUUUUAUUUAUACAUUUGAAGCACCUUUUU